AUUUUAGAUCUUACAUGACAGAAACUGUGGAACAUCUUCGUGAUUUCAAUUAUUAUAAACUAAACCAGAAUGUUACUCAAGUUUUGGCUGAAUAUAUCUGGAUUGAUGGAACUGGAGAGAGAAUGAGAUCGAAAACAAAAGUAUAUCUAACACCGAUAACUUAACUUUCUGACCUUGAAUGGUGGACAUAUGAUGGUUCAUCAACAGAACAAGCCAACACUAAAUGGUCUGAAAUUUAUUUGAAACCUGUGGUUUAUGUGAGAGAUCCCUUCAGAGGUGAUCCUCACCUUUUGGUGUUGUGUGAAACAUAUUUACCAGACAAGAAGACCCCAGCCAGAUAUAACUUUAGAUGGAUUGCCAAUGAAAUCAUGGAAAAAGCUAAAGACUUCAAACCUUGGUUUGGAAUCGAAUAAGAAUAUUUCUUAUUAAAACGUACAGGAACAACUCAUAUCUGGCCUCUCGGAUGGCCAACAGGAGGAUUUCCCUAUCCAUAAGGACGAUACUAUUGUUCCAUUGGAGAAAGAAACAACUUUGGACGUGCUUUAGCCGAGGCACAUCUUAGAGCUUGUUUGAAUGCGGGAAUCAAAAUUGCAGGUAUCAAUGCAGAGGUUGCUCCAUCUUAAUGGGAAUUCUAAAUUGGUAUCGCUGAAGGAAUUGAAAUCGGAGAUCACCUAUGGUUAGCUAGAUACAUUCUAGAGAGAUUGGGUGAAGAAUUUGGUAUUGAUAUCAACUAUGAUCCAAAACCCAUCUUGGGAGAUUGGAAUGGUUCUGGAGCCCAUACAAACUAUUCUGAUGUCAAAACAAGAGGAGAAGGGGGAUACAAGUAUAUUGUCGACGAAUUGAUCCCUUUAUUAAGUAAUACUCACAAAGAAGUUUUAAAACUAUAUGGAGCAAAUAAUGAAAAAAGAUUAACAGGUCACCAUGAAACAAGUUCCUAUGAUUAAUUCUCAUGGGGAGAUGGUUCCAGAGGUGGGUCCAUCAGAGUUCCAGUAAUCACUAAAGAAUUAGGAUAAGGUUAUUUGGAAGACAGAAGACCAGCUGCCAAUAUUGAUCCAUAUUUAGUCAGUGCAGUCAUAGUAGAUGUUGCUUUGUUAAAUAGUACCUAUGUCAACUAACUAAAACAAUUAUUGGUUUAAUCAGCUAAACCACUAGCAUGAUUAUGAUCGAUAUAUACGAGAAAUAAAAUAUAAAA